AUAAUGUCUCUCUGUAAUUGGCUGCUGAGCACCUGCGAGAAGCUUAUUGGAGGAGGAAAACAAAGUUGCUUUGACUGGGAGAAGUAGCGGAGGGGAGGUGUGGUCUGGACUGUCUGGAAUGCCAUUCUGCAGACAGACCAUCUCGGAUUUCUCAAGCUUGGCUGUUCAGUUUGCUGCAUGGAAUAAAAAUGGCCCAAAUUGAGAAGUUUGCUUUUUAUGUACCGACUCUGGAAGAGCUUGCUGAGGUUCUGCAGGAUGGACUCAAAGAAAAUUUUGCAGAAGUCCACGUUUCUGUGGUGGACUGCCCUGAUCUGACUCAAGAACCCUUCAGAUUUCCACUUAAAGGUAUAUGUGGCAAGCCUAGAAUUGCAGAUGUGGGUGGUGUUCCAAACCUUGUGCCUCUUGUUCAAAAAGAUAAGGUCUAUGACCUGAACACAGUGGCAAAAGAGAUACAGCUGCCUGGAGCCUUUUUUCUUGGAGCUGGAGCAGUUUCAUCUAGAAUUGUUGGUGGCAAUGCUGAGCUUAUUCCUGUUGUUCAAGCUAAAAACGAGACAAAAGCAGCCGUCAACGGAAGUUACAUUGCCAUGAUUAAUCCUGAGGAUAACGGGUGCCUGUUGGAGAAGUACAGCACCAAAUAUAAAGAUUGCGAAUUUGGAUUGCUGGCUAAUCUGUAUGCCAGCGAAGGCCUUGCUGGAAAGGUUAUUGAAGUGAAAGCACAUAGAAGAACUGGGGAGCAGAACUUCAUAUCCUGCAUAAGGAAAGUCUUAGAACAAUAUUAUGGUGACAAGCCAGUUGGAAUGGGAGGAACAUUUAUUAUUCAGAAAGGAAGAGCAAAAAUUCAUAUCAUGCCCUCAGAAUUUUCUGCCUGUCCUUUGAACACUGAUGGGGAAGUGAACAACUGGCUCAAGUUUUUUGAAAUGAAGGCUCCGCUGAUUUGUCAGCCCGUGUUAGUUUCUCGAGAUCCAGGCUUUGAUCUUCGUGUGGAGCACACUCACUGUUUCAGCCAUCAUGGUGAAGGGGGCCACUAUCAUACAGACACUACUCCAGAGAUCGUAGAGUACCUGGGAUAUUUUAUGCCUGCCGAGUAUCUCUUUCGAAUUGACAGACCCAAGGAAACACAUUUGGUUGGGCGUGACUGAAUCGACAUGGGCUUCCGUCAGGGGAGGAAGGCCUGUUUAGCAGCAGAACAGAAAGCCAAGUCAUUUAUUGGAAUUUUGCUUUUUCACUAAGGCUAUUGAAAUAUCCUUCACACAAACUUAAAUCUAUUCACCACAGUAAGAUAGCACUUAUUUUGCAUAUACUUUAAAAAAUGGCAUUCGAUGUGGGUUUGGAUUAACUAGCAGCUGGAAAUACAAUGGAAUUUAGUCUGAGAGAGCACAUCAGGAGCCAAAUAAUCACCCUUUUUUUUUUUUUUGGUCUUCAUCCCCCUUCCAUCACCACCACUACCACUUUGUUUUAGUGGCAGGCUAUUCUGAGUGGAGGAUAGAGGCUAUAAGCCAAGCACCUCUCUGCCUUCUCCUUUUAAUGGAGUAGAGUGGGGUGUGCAGGCAGCUGCCACUCACCACCUCCUUCACAAUACACAUGGAUGGUGCUAUAUAAAGAGAUCUUUAUAGGAGUCGGUGGGAAUCUGUUGUGAAUGGGCACACAUAAUUUAUGCAGAAACACCUUAUGAGUGUUAAUCAAGGCUUUUGUGUUGCCUGGGAGCUUCCCUGGCACUCUUGGCUUAAUUGCUGAAUUCCACCACUGUGAGGAAGAAUUAGAGCAGUGAAACGAGGUGAACAUCACUACUGUGAUAAGAGUUUCCAUUUCCUUCUUUUUAACUUUAGAGUUUGGGAUCAAGGGUGGGUAUUCCCUCAGCAGGAUGUCCUCUCACAAGAUGCAGAUAAAAGUAUUGAUUCACUAAGUUGUAAUCUUUUUGCUGCAAUCAAGAUAAUUCAGAAGUUAGCAAACUGAUCUGACUGUUGAUACUACAAAAAUAAAUUUGAUACACUAUG